UCCAGUUAGCAUAACAAUCGCUGUUCGGACUUUUUGAUAUUCUCUUGGACUGAAUGAUUUUUCUGAGAAAGUUGAAUCUAACGAUUUUAUAUAUGAAUACAAUGAGAUAUAAGUUUAUUUUUUCUUGAGCAUGGAUUCGAUAAUUUAUUUAAUAGGCUUCAUUUUAUUCCUGAUCCUUCUUAUCUUUUUCGGUUUGAUUUAUUUCUUUUCUGUGGAGAUGCCAAGUUUGAGAAUUUUAUACUUGACACUUGGACGGGAUAUUAAAAGCUCAUACCUCUAUUUGAAGAUGCUGUCUUCAAUAAAUAGAAGCCAUCGUUUGGACAUGUCCAUUGUUCAUCACUUUCGUAUGACUUGCCAAAAGUAUAAAGAUAGGACAUGUUUCAUUUUUCAAGACGAGAAAUGGACUUAUCAGAUGGUAGAUGAAUACAGCAAUAAAAUCGCCAAUUAUUUCCUUUCUCAAGGAUACGUAAAGGAAGACGAGGUUGCGUUACUGUUGGAUAAUUGUCCUGAGUAUGUCUGUAUUUGGCUUGGAUUAUCUAAAAUUGGCGUCGUUACUGCGCUGAUUAACACCAACUUGAAAAAAGAAUCUUUGGGUCACUCCAUCAACUGUAUUAAUGCUAAAGCGCUGAUAUUUGGUUGCAAUUUUUCAGAGAUUGUGAAAGAUGCAAGACAAUUUUUUAAGAACAGAGAUCAAAUGGAAUUUUAUUGUUUCACUGAACAUGGGGCAUCACCACAAACAUUCAUUUCCUUUCCCGCUAAAUCCUUAAAUGUUGCUUUAGAGGAAGCUCCCAUCUGUCCAGUAGACCAAAAGAAACACAGAACUGGAUUCAACGAUAAAAUACUAUAUGUUUAUACCUCUGGAACUACCGGAUUACCAAAAGCAGCUAUCAUCAGGCAUCGCAGAUUCCUGAUGUGUGGAUGUAUGCCUCGGUUUCUAGCCAAGUUCCACGACUUUGAAGUUAUUUACAAUCCUCUCCCGAUGUACCACACUGCUGGAGGUGUGAUAUUUAUAUCCGCGAUCUUGCAGUUUGGUGGUUCCAUGAUCUUGAGAAAGAAAUUCUCAGCUUCCAGUUAUUGGGAAGAAGCCGUAAAACAUAAAGCAACGGUCGGUCAGUACAUCGGUGAAAUAUGCCGCUAUCUCCUGAAACAACCUGUAAGCGAAGAAGAGAAACAACAUACUAUUCGUAUCAUGGUUGGAUCUGGAUUCAGGCCACACUUAUGGAAGGAAUUCCAGGACCGAUUUCGGAUCAAACAUAUCAUUGAAUGCUACGGAGGAACAGAGGGAAAUACCAAUUUGGUGAAUAUGUUUGAAAGAAGAGGCGCCGUUGCCUUUGUUCCUCGAAUCUUCAACCGGUCGUACCCUGUAGCACUGAUAAAGGUUGACCCCGAAACACAGGAGCCCAUCCGAAAUGAGAAAGGCCUCUGCAUUCGGUGCAAACCAGGAGAAUCAGGUCAAAUAGUGGGUAAAAUCCUCAACAAUUCAAUCAAUGGGUUCGAUGGCUACGUCGAUCCGGAGGAGACCAAGAAAAAAAUCUUAAGAGACUGUUUUGAGAAAGGAGACAAAGUGUUUUUGUCAGGUGAUAUAUUAGUAAUGGAUGAAGAAGGCUACUUGUACUUUGUGGACAGAGCCGGAGACAACUAUCGAUGGCGAGGCGAGAACGUGUCUACCAGCGAAGUGGAAAAUGUCCUCAGCAAGGCUUUGGGACAUGUGUCUUGCGUAGUGUACGGAGUAGAAAUCCCAAAUAUAGAAGGUAAGGCUGGAAUGGCAGUCAUCCAAGCAGAUUUCAGAAAUAUCAAUUUUUCGGAGCUGUAUCAGAAUAUAAGCAAAAAACUGUCAUCUUACGCUAUCCCUUUGUUUCUCAGGAUUUCUCGAGAAAUGGAAGAAACUGGUACCUGCAAACUAAAGAAAGGAGCGUUUCAAAAAGAAGGAUUUAAUCCAGAAGAUAUUUCGGACUCACUUUUCUUUUUGGACAUUAAACAAAAGACCUACAUACCACUGACCAAAGAGUUGUACUUCGAUAUCGUGACAGAAAAACUUAGAAUUUAGAGUGAAAAGCUUCGGCACAGCAUUUCGACGCAGUUUCUUUAAAAAUUAAAAUUUUUUUCAUUUGUGGUAAAAGAAUGCAAUAAGGGCAAAAUGGCAGAGGUUUUUUUAAAUGUGAAUGGGUUCGGUUAUCUUUGAUACAAUAAAUGUAUUGGGGCAUUUAAAGUCAUGGAAGGGGUAUAUGAGAUUAUUAAUUACUAAUUUGAUCCAUUAGCUACCACGAACCGUAUUUGGCGAUUUUUGAACUUUACGUACCCCACUUGGCGCCAAAAAUGUAUUUGGUACGACUGACAGUUUCUUUUCAUUUUAUAUAUAACAGUCAAUUUUGUGUGUAGCAGAAAGUGUUUAUUCUGUGUUUUGUCAUUUUACAAGCGAACAAAUUUGGAAUUCGUCUGUAAGUUGAACGGCACAGAAAUGUUUUACUUGAAGACAUAAUACUAACUUGUAUAAAUAUACUAUAUUACUAAAUUACUUAAAUAUGUAAUUUAGAUGUUAUAGUAAUGAUCUGUUGUUUACUCAGUCUUCUGGUUUUUAUUGAAAUGAUAUUACUGAUAUUAUUGAUCAUUUUAUAACAACACCUUUUUAAAAAAUAUUAAAUAUUUAAAUAUAAUUAUGCUGUUAAAAAUCUUUUUUGUGCACACACACACACACACACAGAGAGAGAGAGAGAGAGAGAGAGAGAUAAACUUAUAAAGUCAAAAAUGUUUCAAAAAAGAAAAAUAAUGGCAGUUAAUGGAUUAAAAAAAGGACCAUCCUUAUAAUAGGUCAUGGAAGAAUAGCCAAUUUUACGGGCAUUCAAAUUCUUUUAAUUCUUGGCGGAUACAGAUAGCACACAUGGACAAUACUCGUAAAUGUAUGAAUCAAAAUACAGAAAUACGAUUUGGCAAAUUAAUCGGAACGAAAUAUCUUAUAUCUUUAAACAAAUAAUUCGUGUAUAUAUAAAAAUUUAUUUCGUGCAUCUCGAAAAUAGCUCUUAUGAUUGGACAAAAUUUUAUAUUUAGAUAGGGUUUCGCUUUUUAAAUUUAUCUAUAUAGGUGUCUUUCCUUUUAAAAAAUGAGAUUUUGCGAAAAAAAAUUAUAACUAAAUAUUAAUAUGUGACUAUGCAUGACUUGCAUAUGCAUAUUAGAGAUGGAGUACUAGUUCGGGCUUCAGACUCCCCAGCAUUUUUCAAAUGUUCGAUCCCGCGUUUGCAAUUCAAUUAGAUUUCGCUUAUAACUUUACACGAGUCAUAGAAUAGGAUUUUAUUUACAAUUUUACAAAA